UAAAGCAAGGUGGUCCUUUUGGGUUUUAGAAUACCAAGAUUCUCAUUCGCAUUUGCCAUACCGGGCCAGCAAUUCCGCCACCAACUGCAACCACAAGGCUUUUUUGGCAGGAAACUUGGAAGUUUCCGAUCCUCCUCCGGUGCCUUCUGAUAAUCUCCCCGAUGGUUCAAAACUCUCCACAACCGCCGCCACUUGAGGAGCAACAACCACAGAAACCGCCAGAACCAUUGCCGAAAUCUUCCCAAGAUGAUGAACUAGACGAAGAGCUACGUAAACUUCUGAUUCCCGAUGUUAGGGAUCUUCCUUUCGCGCCUCCCUCCGCCGUCGAGACCAAUUUCGUCUCGUAUUUCGCUCCUGAUUUUAUGAAGGAAGGUCAUGAUCAGUACGUUUACCGCCAUGCCAACGGCUUGUGUGUGAUCGGCUUGGCUCCUACGCAUAUUGCAUUCAAAGACAGUAGUGGUAUCACAGCUGUUGAUUUCAAUGUAGGGAAAUCUGAUCGCAGUAGCUUUAAAGUCACUGGGAAACGCAAGAAGAAUGCGCAAUUCUUUGAGCCCAAUUCUGCUAUAUGUAAAGUCUGCACCAAAGAUGCCUCAUAUAUUGUAAGGUGUUCUGUUAAAGGUUCUCUAUUGGAAGUUAAUGAUCGCUUGAUGAAGCAGCCAGAGUUACUCAAAAAUGUGGCUCACAGAGAAGGCUACAUUGCUAUUGUUAUGCCAAAGCCAGCAGAUUGGGUGAAAGUUAAGGAGUCAUUGCUGAGCCUCGAAGAGUACAAACGAUUGAGAGAAGUGUAGCUGCACCCAAUCAUUGGUCGCAUAUAAGUAACUUUCAGAUUUCUUGCUUCCUCCUCCUUUUUAACUCGACAGCCACCUCUAUUUGUCUAUUUGAUUUUGAAAUUGGGAUAUUUUUAAUUUAAGUUUAGUUAGUGGAAUAUUAUUAAAAGUUCGUUAGAUA